GUUAGCCACUUAAUAAUCCACGCCAAGAAAGUGACGUGCUUCGUUCGCCACAAAAGUCGCCAUAUUGCUUACAAACACGUUCCCGAUUUCCUUCUCCGACUUACAUAACGUUUCCCAGCGCAAGUUUUUCACGGUUUCUCCCGUUUAAUGUCUUAAAAAGCCAUGACGCAAUUCCUCCCGCCGAAUUUGCUGGCUCUUUUCGCCCCGAGGGAUCCAAUUCCUUAUUUGCCACCAGCCAGUAAAUUACCUCACGAAAAAAAGAACAGGGGAUAUGUCGGAAUUGGGGCGUUCUUAUCGGAAUUCGAGGAUCCUAAAGAUACUCCACCACCGACUCGAGUUGAAACCAGAGAGGAAAGGUUGGAACGUAGAAGGAGGGAACGAGCCGAGCAAGUCGCUUACAAAUUGGAGCAAGAAAUUGCGGUUUGGGAUCCUAAUUCCCAACCGAAUAUGACCGUUGAUCCUUUUAAGACGUUAUUUGUCGCUAGAAUUAAUUAUGACACAUCGGAAUCUAAAUUGAGGAGAGAAUUUGAAGUAUACGGACCGAUAAAAAAAAUUGUGUUAAUUCAUAAUACGAUUAAUGGUAAACCGAGGGGAUAUGCUUUUAUUGAGUACGAACACGAGAGGGACAUGCACUCUGCAUACAAACAUGCAGACGGUAAGAAAAUUGAUGGUCGUCGCGUUUUGGUCGAUGUUGAACGAGCUAGGACUGUCAAAGGAUGGUUACCUCGAAGACUUGGUGGUGGUCUUGGUGGUACAAGAAGAGGAGGUCCCGACGUUAACAUAAAACAUUCGGGUCGCGAAGACAACGAAAGAGAACGCGAACGUUACCGAUUAGAACGGGAACGAGAAGAACGCGGAGGUGGAGCUUUGGGUGGUGGUGGUGGUGGAGGAGGAGGAGGCGGAGGUGGUACCGGAAGAGAUCGUGAACGCGACCGAAACGAUCGCCUCGCGAAUUACGAACGACGACGAUCGCGAUCUCGCGAAAGAAGGAAACGAUCUUCUCGAUCGAGGUCUCCGCGUAGAGAAAACAGACGUAGAAGUCGCGAGCGUGUGCGUGAUUCGGAAGUUGAGGAGGUUGAAAGGCCACCGAGGGAAAAAGAACGCGAAAGAGAGAGGGAUCGUGAUAGGGAGAGGAAAAGGAGGCGAUCUAAAUCGAGGGAUCGCGAAAGAGAACGAGAGAGGAAACGAGAACGUAGGGAACGACGUGAAAGGGAAAGAGGUGGUGAACGAUUGGAGUACAUUAAAACGGAUGAUGGGGGUGAAAUUCGUAUUAAAGAGGAACCCCUUGAUGGUAAAUUUUAAUUUUAUUAUUGUUUAUUUGCAGUAUAUAAUGCUUAUA